CCGCCACGAACGGACGACUGGGGUUUGCUUUCUUUUAACCUGUCGUAUUGUUUUCCUUUCUAUUUCAUACGGCGACGUAUAGUGGAGGACUUCGGUCGCUUUUCUUCAGACCUCAUUUACCCUGAUGCCGCACUUGCGAGCUUGCUAGAUAUCUCAAUUCCCCGAGAGGCGAACCCUACCCCGACGACUUUUCCUUGGACAUAUUCAAGCUCCCGGUAUCUACAUUAAUUUACUGCCACCAUGGGUGUCCCCAAAUUCUUCAGGUGGCUCAGUGAGCGGUAUCCGCCCAUCUCGCAGCUCAUCGCCGAGAACCGGAUACCAGAGUUCGACUGUCUGUAUCUGGAUAUGAACGGUAUUAUCCAUAACUGUACGCAUAAGGACUCGGAUUCUCCCACAUUUCGUAUGACGGAAGACAAGAUGUUCAUCGCCAUUUUCAACUACAUUGAACAUCUCUAUGGCAAAAUCAAGCCAAAGAAGUUAUUCUUCAUGGCUAUCGACGGUGUUGCCCCUCGCGCUAAGAUGAACCAGCAGCGCGCACGACGAUUUCGAACGGCACUUGAUGCUGAGGUCGCGAAAGAAAAAGCUAUCGCAGAAGGAGUCGAGAUGCCGAAGGAAGAUGCUUUUGAUAGCAAUUGCAUUACUCCGGGAACCGAGUUUAUGGCGAAGUUGACCCAACAACUGAAAUAUUUCAUCAACAAGAAGAUAUCAGAGGACGUGGAAUGGCAAGGAGUGGACAUUGUGCUUUCCGGACAUGAGGUCCCUGGAGAAGGAGAGCACAAGAUCAUGGAAUAUAUUCGGCAGGCGAAAGCCCAGCCAGGAUACGACGCCAACGUGCGACACUGUCUCUAUGGUCUGGACGCAGAUCUAAUCAUGCUUGGUCUGCUCAGUCACGACCCGCAUUUCUGUCUUCUCCGUGAAGAGGUGACUUUUGGCAGGCAAAACCAAAAGAAGAGCAAGGAGCUCGAACACCAGAAUUUUUAUCUUUUGCAUCUUUGUAUUGUGAGAGAAUACUUGGAGCUGGAAUUCCAAGACUUGGAAGUGGAAGGAGCGCUGCAAUUUCCAUUUGACAUGGAGCGCGUUAUUGACGAUUUCAUCCUCAUGGCUUUCUUUGUUGGAAACGAUUUCUUACCUAAUCUUCCGAAUCUGCAUAUCAAUGAAGGUGCUCUGGCACUUAUGUUCAAGACUUACAAGGAACAAUUGCCGAAGAUGGGUGGGUACAUCAAUGAGCGCGGUACUAUCAACAUGGAGCGUUUGGGGAUUCUACUGGAUUCGCUCUCCGACGUCGAAUAUCGCUUUUUCGAGAUGGAGUAUUCGGAUGCACGUUGGGUGAAGUCGAAAAAGAACGGCGGGCAGGAGACGUUGGAACUUCAAGAGAAACCCAAGGGUCUCACAAUCACUCCUACACAAAAGGAACUCCUCAAGAAAGUCAAGCAGUACGUUCUCAAUCGUCCUGCAGACACCCAGGAAAUCGAACCAUUGGAUCUUCCGCCGACCCUUCCGGCUCGCGAUCGAAAGUUCAUUGAGCAACUUGCUGACGACCUUCGACUGCCGUGGACGACGGUGUUGGACGAACACGAUCAGCGAUUCAUAAGGCUUCGGCUUCCAUCAAAGGAGAAUGAUGAAAAUGGCGACAACGAAGAAGAUGAGGAGGAUGAAGAGGAAGACGAAGAAGCAUUGGUUGCGCUCCGCCGUGUUCUCAAGAAAUACGAAAAUGCAAAGGUCCAAGAAAUCUCCGCAGAAGAGGCUCAAGCGGCGGCCGAGAAGAAGUAUGAGGAGAAAUUCCGGGAGUGGAAGAAUAACUACUAUGAGAGCAAAUUCGGAUGGGGCCUCGAUAAUGAGGAGGAGAUGAGGAAGUUGACGGAGAACUACGUCCAGGGUCUCCAAUGGGUGCUCUUUUACUAUUACAGGGGUGUCGCUUCUUGGCCGUGGUUCUAUAGCUAUCACUAUGCCCCGAUGAUUUCAGACGUUAAGAAGGGUCUGAAAGCGGAUACAAACUUCAAGCUCGGACAACCCUUCCGACCCUUCCAGCAGCUCAUGGGAGUCUUGCCUGAUCGAAGCAAGCAAAUAGUACCUAAGGUGUAUCAUGAGCUGAUGACUUCACCCGACUCACCCAUCAUCGACUUCUAUCCGCGAGAGUUUGAGCUUGACAUGAACGGCAAAAAGAUGGAGUGGGAAGCUGUUGUUAAGAUCCCUUUCAUCGAUGAGAAACGACUACUAGGCGCUAUGGAGAAGAAGGACAAACUACUCAGUGAUGCGGAAAGGGCCCGAAAUGAGUUCGGGGUCAGUCUCAAGUUUACAUAUUCCCCCUCGAUCGAGUUUGAGUACCCAUCUUCACUCCCUGGAGUGUUUCCUGAUAUUCCACAUUGUCAUUGCAUCGAGAAUAUAUUCGAUCUGCCGACCAUGGAAGGACUCGAGCCCUAUGUUGGCCUGGUAGACGGUGUGAAAUUGGGUAAAGCUGCGCUUGCAGGCUUUCCCACUCUGAAGACUUUGCCUCACGUUGGCCAGCUUGGUUUCCACGGAGUGAAUGUCUUCCAGCAAGAGAGUCGAAACGAGAGCAUGAUCGUUACCCUCCUCAAUCCCGAGUCGAGAUCGAACAUCGAGCUAGCGAAAGCUAAACUCGGGCAGCGUGUUUACGUUGGAUACCCUUUCUUGCAGGAGGCUCUUGUUGUUCGCGUUUCAGACGAGCUUUUCGACUAUGUCCUUCCUAUAGGGGAACAGCACGUGGCAUCCGUUCCUCACACACCUCAACAGAUUGAGCAGUGGAAAAAGAAAGCGGACAAGAUCGAAGCUUACUAUAGUAAACGACUGGGAAUCAUCACUGGUCCAGUUGAAUCUAUGGUCCACGUCCAAAUGCUCAAAGGCCUACUGAAGACGGACGAGGGUGCUACGCUAAAGGAGUUUGCCGAAAUUCCAGGCCAGGAGACUGAUUAUGCUCUCCAGCUCAUUGUGGAUGAGGUUAUUAGCGAAGACGAACGCUUCAUGGAGCGGGAAGCACUUCCCAUCGAGGAAGAAUUUCCCGAAGGCUCGAGGGCCUUUUUCCUAGGAGAAUUCAACUAUGGCAGACCUGUCCAUGUUACUGGCCACGAAAAUGGCAAAGUCAAUGGGCUGAUAGCUGCCGUGAAAGGCAAGGAGCCUGAAUUUGGGAAGCUGCAUGCUAGAAACGCCGAGAGGCUUUUCCCAUACACUCCCUCAUUCAUAAUUGCUCGCAACUUACACUUGAACCCAUUGGCCUUGGCGAAGAUAACGUCCUCCUUUACCGUCGAUGUGGAUGGCCAACGUGUCAACUUGGGCCUCAAUCUCAAAUUUGAAGCAAAGAAGCAGAAGGUUCUUGGCUACUCUCGCCGUGGUGAGUCCGGCUGGGAAUUUAGCCAAAAGGCGAUUGAACUCGUACAGCAAUACAUGAUCAAAUUCCCAGAGUUUAUAGCUGGGCUACAGCGAAAUCCUCAGGGAAAUAAAUACCAACCCACCGAUUUCUACCCGGAGGAGAUUGCAAACGAGAAGAUCAAAGAGAUCAGACAAUGGCUCAAGGAUAUUGAAGUCAAGGGGUUUGAACGAGUGCCACUUGAAGCAGAGCAGCUCGACUCAGAUGUUGUGAAGCUCAUCGAGCAAGAUGCGGACCGUCUGAUCCAGAGUCAGCCUCAGGUAGAGGCCAAGAAGAUCAAGGGUGUUCCCCGAGGAGCACUGUUAAAGCCAGCUGAUGUGGAGCACAGACUCGGAAACCAAAAGUUUUCUCUUGGUGACCGCGUGGUCUACGCUCAGGAUUCUGGCAAGGUACCCAUUGCUACUCGAGGAACCGUCGUGGGCCUUACUCGUACUCCUAGAGCUAUCUUACUAGACGUCGUCUUUGACGUCUCGUUCAUGAGUGGCACUUCCCUGGGAGACCGGUGCUCUCCCUUUAGAGGACAAACCGUGAUGUCCUCCUCCGUGCUUAACCUGACAUAUAGACAGCUUACCGCUAGUACUCGCGCAGCUGCAAAUCAUCAGGCUCAGCACCAACAGACUCCAUUGACCGUCCAAGGAUAUGGCGCCGCGCUUGGACCUGCAGCACUGGGGCAGCUGAAACAAGCACCAGCCCCUCCGCCCUUGAGAGGUUCAUUCCGUGGUGCUGUUGCCGGACACCAAGGCAACAUUAGAGGCGGUCGCGGUGGUCGUGGUGGUCUUAACGGCGGCCCUGCUUCGCACGCCGAGACGGGCGUAUCGCACAACUUGCCUUUCCGUCCUCGCGGUGGUCAGCAGAAUGGUGAUUUUGCCCCUCGUGGCAGGGGACGUGGAGUAAUCGCCAAUGGCUCCCGCGGUGGUCGUGGGCGUGGAGGAUAUGUGUCUGUCGACAACAGCAAUCCUGAAGCUGGUGUCAUCCAGAACAACCCAAACUUCAAACCAAAGAAUUACUCAAAUGUGCCUCCACCGGCAAGCAUAGGCAAUAACAGAGGUGGCAGAGGUGGAAGAGGAGCCAGCGGACCUCGCGGUGCGGGACGUGGAAACGGACCCAGAGGCAGAGGUGUGAACCGAGGAAGAGGAGCCGCCGUUGCCGGAGCUAGUGCUUGAUUGAUCAAACAUAAGUUUGUGGAUAUCCCACCACUGUAACUGGCAUCGACUGUCCCUUUUCUAUACUCAUCAUGUUGUAUAUGCUUGAGAUGAUGCCGGUUUAUAAGAGGAUUUCUGACCAGGCGUGCUCGGAUAGCGGUUAGCUAUGAUGUCUCACAUUCUAGUCUCUCCCAGCUGAAAUGGGUGCAUGUGUUUUCUUUAGCAUGUAUCUACCUGUACAUUAUCAGGCGCGGUCCACAGAAGAAUCAGACGAGAAAAUGAUACUGGCAGGCAGCUUAUUCAUAUACCUGCCUAAUGGUAUUAAGAAAACCGCAUCUUUUUCCUAAAUUUAUUCGGAACAAAUAGAUCUAUAAGCGC